UUCACGUCAGUCAGUCAGUAAAUUAAGUUGGUUGUUUCGUUGCGUGGUUAUACUACAGAAAUUUAUUUUCGCGAGUGUUUUAAUUGUGGUGUAAUAAUUUGUCACAAUUAAUUAAGUAUUCGAAAGUCUUAACAAUGAGUUAUUAUCUUUAUCGUUUGUGAAAUUGAAAAUUUAGUAAGCAAAUUGUGGAACAGUGAAAUAGCAAGCCACAGGAAUACGUUUACAACGUAAUCAUGGCGGAUCCGUUGAGUUUGCUUCGGCAAUACAACGUAAAUAAAAAAGAGAUUAUCGAACGUGAUAAUCAAAUUAUAUUUGGGGAGUUUUCUUGGCCAAAAAAUGUUAAAACCAACUACCUCAUGUGGGGGUCUGGGAAGGAUGCCUCACAUGUCAAGGAAUAUUACACGCUUGAAUGUCUUCUAUUCAUUCUUAAAAACAUUCAACUGACACAUCCAGUUUAUGUGCGUCAAGCAGCUGCAGCGAAUAUUCCGGCUGUCCGUCGUCCAGAUCGUAAAGAGUUAUUAGCAUACUUGAAUGGAGAAACUGCUACCUGUGCUUCCAUUGACAAAAGUGCACCUCUGGAGAUACCAACUCAGGUAAAACGCACCCAUGACCAUGACGGCGGAGAAUCUGCAGCCAAAAAGCCUCGUAUUGAAGAAACACAUGUGCAGAAAGUACGCGAGCAACUUGCGGCUCGUCUUGAUGCUCCGAAAGAGGCGUCUGUCACAGUUGAUAACAUCAAGUCCUUAUCAGAUGCUAUGUCAGUUGAGAAAAUUGCUGCUAUCAAAGCGAAACGUUUAGCUAAAAAAAGAACAACAAUCAAAAGCAAUGAUUAUACAGACAACUUGGUGGUUGGAUCUGAUUUGCGGGCCAUCCUUGAUUAUGAUGUUGAUCUCACAAAAGAUAUCAUUAGUCGAGAGAGGCAGUGGAGGACCAGAACAACAGUAUUACAAAGUAAUGGAAAAACAUUUUCGAAGAGUAUUCUGGCACUAUUGGCUAGUAUCAAAGCUCGAGAGGAAGGAAGACCAGGAAUCCCGCGGCCUCCACCAGUUGUAAUGCCACAGCCAACCAUUUUACCUGCACAGCAAACUCAAUACAACAGAUACGAUCAGGAAAGAUUUAAUAGGCAAAAAGAAGAAACUGAGGGUUUCAAAAUCGACACUAUGGGCACAUACCACGGGAUGACCCUAAAGUCUGUGUUGGUGCCCGAAGGCCCGAGCGUACCGGCUGCGGCUCGCGCUCCCCAGACACCAAAUCAUCCGCGGCAGAUGCAACGUCCGAUAUCUAGCAGUACCCCGGGCGGGCCCCGACGCGAGCUGCUGCCGGCCGCGGCGGCGCGCGCGCCGGCGGGCGGCGGCAAGCGGCCGUCGCGCACGCCCAUCAUCAUCAUCCCCGCCGCAACCACCGCCCUCAUAUCCAUGUUCAACGUCAAGGACAUGUUGCAGGACCUCAAAUUUGUACCUGUGGAGCAAAAGAAAGCCGAAGGUUCUGUUCGUGAAAACGAAGUACUGCUUCAGAGGAGGAAGGGAGCCACCGGUGACCAAGUUCCUAACAAUGCAAAUUCAACCACGGUGCCAUACCGUGUAGUGGAUAACCCGGCCAGGUUGUCUGCAGCGGAGUGGGACCGAGUGGUGGCCGUGUUCGUGCAGGGCCCGGCUUGGCAAUUCAAAGGCUGGCCGUGGGAUGGAAAUCCAGUGCAAAUAUUUGCUAACAUAUGCGCUUUUCACCUGAAAUUCGACGAGAUGAAGCUGGACGCGAACGUGGCCCGCUGGGCCGUCACGGUACUCAACCUGAGCCGCACCAAGCGGCAUCUCGACCGCGCCGUGCUGCUCGGCUUCUGGGAGACUCUAGACAAGCACAUGAUGAAAAAUAAACCACAUCUUAGGUUCUAAGUUUGUUGUAGCUUUAUAAAUUUUAUCCUAUAGUGUGAAUAUAUAAAAUGCCUUCAAAGAAAAAUGAGUCUAAGUCAAUUCAUGCCAUUUGAGGAACAUUUUGGCUUUGGGUUAUGUAUCAUACUGACACAAUGUUGAGUAAUAUCAAAGUUUUUUUAAUGUUUUGACAUUUAUGUAUGACUCCGGUAUUAAUGACAUACAGUGUUAUACUUGCCAAUACUUAUAACUAUGGACUUGUAACUUCACUUCAAUUAUUUUAAAAUAUCAAAUUAAAAAUAUGUCUUUGCUUAUGUCAACUAAAGUGGGGAAUUGACAGAUUACCCCAACCGUUUAGUUAAAAUUGGUAAUCUGUGUAGAGAACCCCUUUACAAAUUUCAUUGCUUGACUAUGUGCCCUUGUACCUACACUUUUUAACUUCUGGUCCCUACUACACCAAGGUCAAGUGACUUUUAUAUGCGUAAAAGCCUUUAAUGUGUUAUAAGAGUGCAAUUUAUUUAUAACUAAGAUAGAUAAUCAUUUUCUAACUUGAUUUGAAUAUAUGUUCACAAUUAUCGAAAGAGUGCAUUAUGUGAAAACGUGGAUUGAUUAUUUUUUGACAAUAGCUCAUUUUGAUAAAUAUUUCUAGAAGAUUGUUCAUCACAGAUAGUUAUAAUAUUGUUGAAAAAAAUUGUCUCGAAUAUUUACUGCUUUCAUAAUUUGUAUGAUAUUGAUAAUGAUACCAAAAUACUUUAAAUGGUACUGAAAUGUUCAAAGAUCUGUGAUCUUUGUUUAUUGCAACAAUAAAUUGUUGACCAGGAUAUUGGUAUUUUUCUUCAUAUUUCAAGAUGAACGCAAAUUUAGGCGCACCAUGCAAAACAAACGCAAUCACUGCGGGGUGCGUCACCAAGCACUUCACUUUCCCCCUUUUUGUAUUUUGAGUGUCGGCGAAGAAAAAACACAAUUUGUUUUUAAUUUUGUCUUUAUUUAAAAUUUCAUUUAUUUCUAUUGUAAUUGUAUAACAAUAAAUAAUUCUGUUCUCUUUGAGAGAUAAGUACAUACAUAUGUUAUUAUUAUUUAUGCAAUGUAUAAUAGGUAUGUAUUUAAUGAUAUUUCUGUACACAAAAUAAAACCAUUCGUUACUACCCAUAACAAUAUCACAUCGUUAGGUGUAUGUACUCGCUGUGUGCCCACUUUUACUUAGUAAAUAGGUACAAUGUUUAUGAUAAUAAUCAUUUACACGUGGAUUUUAUUUUUCUACAAACAUUUGGCAAAAAUUUAUUUUUAAGCUGGUAACAAGAGCGUUUUAGCCCGUCUUUAUAUUAAAGUUUUCCUGAGAAAUCCUUAUCAAUCCUAUUACAAUCAGUAAAUAUAAAAAUAUUUUUAAUAAAAACAGAAUGCUGACGGUUUCGCUAUGCCCCGGUAAGGAAUGAUAGGACCAAAUUUUACCAGUCGCACAGCUUGCCGCCUGAACAUUGUCAAUACGUUAUUUAUUAGAAAACACACACUCUAGUCUUUGACUUGGGGUAGCAUGUACCUGUAGUGAACCCUAGAUUCCUUAGAUUAUAUCGAUAUGGACGAAAGUGCCAUGAUACAUCACUAUCUACUAUAUAAAUACUUGAAAUCUAAGGUUAACAUUGAACCUAUGGUUAAGUUUACUUCACAUAUUGCUAUCCCCUUUAUGGUGAGUAAAAACUGUAAAAAUAUGUAAAUUAAAUGACACAUUAUCUAGAUUCCCCAAUAACUAUGUUGUCUAGAUGAGUAUGAGCUACGAACUAUGAGUUUAGCACAAUCACUCAUAGUGACGCGAACGGGGAUACAAGCCGGCUCAAAAUUAGCUGCAGUCAAAUUUCAAUGAUAGGUAACAAAUUAAAACUAAAAUUGAAAAGGUAAUAAAACGCACAAGCCCUAAUAUUUUAUUAAUGUGACCUCGUGGUAAAUUUAUACCUAGCAGAUCCAUAUUUAGAAUUGAUUAUUUAAAUACUUUGUAUGUUUUUUACAAUAUGUUUUUGUUUCUUUCUAACAUUCAUAGCUAAGCUCUUAUUAUCUCGAUUAGCAUGUCCCCCAUAGGAAUGAUUCGUGCAAACUAAUGAAAUGAACGAUGAUUUCUAUCUAA